UUCAGAAAAUGAAAUGUAUGAUUUGACAAAUGAAGAGUCACAAGAAGAUACUGAUAUUAGUUUGGAUAAUGAAAUGAAGAAUGACUUUUAUUCAGACAAUUUAAACGUUCGUCGUCAUAGUUUUGAAUGUUCUCAAUCACGUACACAUAAAGCCAAAAAAGUAAUUGACAUUACCAAGCAGCGUAAAUGUAAUUCAGCAGCAAUUAAUUGCCAGUGGCAUGUGAAUUUUAACAAACGUAAGAAUGCUACUAAAAUAGAAAUGUUAGAGGAUAUAGAGUUUUAUACACGUUCUACGGAAGGUUUAGGAGCAAAAAUUCAGUAUAGUCUUUUAAGUGCUAAGUACCCAAAUAAGUAUAUAGACAAGAAAGACUUGUAUAAUACUAUUCAAUGGUUUAGAAUCCCUUCAUGUGAUAAAUUAAAAACUGAUGCCGCAGAAGCCUUGCAACAAUUAAUAGCUUUAAAGGCUGAAGAUUCUGAAUGGGUAGUUGUACCCAAUAUUGGUGACGGAAAUAGAUUGAUGGCGCUUUUUUGGAUGUCCCCUCUACAAGUUUCACUAUGA